UAAAUGAUAACGUGGGAAACAAAGAAAAACAAAUUAGCACCGCUUCUUUAAUUUCUUUUUGGGUUGAAAGAGCACUUAGCUUGCAUUGCCAAUAAAUACCGACUCUCCACUCUAUAAUAUGCCACUGCCCCACAACCACACUCCACACUCUACACUCUUCACUCCUCAGCCAAUCAACUAAUUAACGUAUAUGCAUAUCUCUGUUUAAUUAGUAUAUGGAUAUAUAAGACUAGGUGAGUUAAUAAUUAAGAAGCAUAUUGAGGAUGAAGAACAUGUGGAAGGUGGUGGAAGUGGUGAAGCCGGUGGUGUUGAUGGUGAUUGUGCAGAUAGCAAAUGCAUGGGUCAAUGUUCUCUACAAGCUUGCUGUCAACGAUGGCAUGAGCCUCAGAGUAGUUGUUGCCUACCGCUAUAUCUUCGCUACUGCUUUCAUUGCUCCUCUUGCUUAUAUUCUCGAGAGGAAGACAAGGACAAAGAUGACUUGGACCAUUCUCUUUCAGUCAUUCUUGUGCGGUUUAUUUGGGGGAGCAUUGCCUCAGAACUUACAAAUGGAAGCGCUUGCUUUAACUUCUGUAACAUUUGCAACCGCCAUAUCCAACCUGAUUCCGGCCAUCACCUUCAUCUUGUCCCUCUCCUUCGGAAUGGAGAGGUUGAAUCUAAGAAAAGCAGCAGGGAAGGCGAAGAUAAUAGGAACAAUGAUUGGAAUUGGCGGGGCAAUGUUGAUGACAUUCUAUAGAGGCGUGGAAGUUAAGAUGCUAUCCUUCCACAUUAACCUCUUCAAUCAGCGAAAUGGCGGCGGCGCCGUACACUCGUCACAUGGUGGCGGAGGGUUGUUCUUGCUGGGUGCUGUGUCGUCGUUCUCCAGCAAUGCGUCUUAUGCGUUGUGGCUGAUCAUUCAGGCGAAGAUGAGUAGAGCAUAUCCGUAUCCAUAUUCAAGCACUGCACUCAUGUGUGUAAUGGGAGCAAUUCUUUCUGUCACCUUCACAUUUUGUGUUGAGAGGGAUUUGAGUCAGUGGAAGUUGGGUUGGAAUGUCAGGCUACUCACUGUAGCUUACGCGGGUAUAGUGGUUUCAGGAGUGAUGGUGGCUGUGAUAUCGUGGUGCGUACGCAUGAGAGGUCCCUUGUUUGUCUCUGUUUUUAGUCCUCUCAUGCUAGUGGUUGUUGCCUUUGCUGGAUCCACCAUUCUUGAUGAGAAGCUAUAUCUUGGAAGCAUAAUUGGAUCGUUGUUAAUUGUGUGCGGCUUAUACCUGGUUCUAUGGGGUAAAAGCAAAGAGAAGGUGAAGAAUCAAUUAGUGCCAUCAAAAAGCGACAAACUUGAAAUAGUGGUCAAGCCUCAAGUACAUGGCAUCCAUGGGGAUGAUGAAGAUCAAGAUUCAUUCAAAAAAGGAGGUGACAUGCACCACAAUAGAGAAAAAGGAGGAGAACAACAUUAAAUAACUAAUUAAUGGAUUCUUAAUCAUGUGCCUAACAUAGCACCCCCAAAUUAAGGCAUUAUGUAUAACUUUUACAGCUUCUGCACAUAGAUGUAUACAUAGUAUUAUAAUGUGCCACUUGAUUAAUUAAUUGCUUUGCCUUCCUUUUCGAAUCGUGCCAACAUCUGAUGUAACCAAUUUUCCUAGCGCAUUGGGCUCAUAUGAAACCAUAUAAUCAUGAGGGUUAAUUACAGCAUAGUUGGAUCCUUGUUGAAUCAAUUAGAGGCAGCAAAUUAAAGCAUGAAGAUGAACAUGGCGUUGCCAGUGAAGACCAUGCAACACAAGAAGGAUAAUAAUAUUAAUUAUAAUGUUUUCUCGUACAGACCAAAUGAAGGCAUUAUAUGCACCUUUGCUUUGCCAUCUUUUUCUUUAGGGAAAAGGGAAACCACUACUUUAAUUUCUUAUGUUCUCUUUCUCAUUUUAUUUAUGUAGCAUUUAUCUCUGUACUAUUAUUACCAUUAUGUUCCUGCUCUUAAAACCCAAAUUAAAUGUACUAUACCUAGCUAGCUAUAAGAAAUUGUAAUUCAAUUGGAACAUAUGUAGAUGCUGUCUUUCUUUAA